UAUUAGAACGUAAACAACACUUGCUCGGGUUAUCAUGGCAUCUUAAAAUGAUUAUUUGUACAGCAUUCUUUCAGUAUGGGCCCGAUAAAUUGCUCGGAGUUCACUUGAAAUUCCAAAGAACGGGUUAUCAUGAGUUUGAUGUUAGAGUUAGUGACUUUCAGUGCUCUUAGCUUAUAUAUAACUGAGAUACUCCCGGCAAGUUUCGAUGAGGACAUUGAAGAAUAUAAUCAGGUUACUCCCGGAAUUGAUUUCCCAGUUAAAUGUCCAGAAAAGAGCAAACAUUAUGCUAAAAUAUACUAUGAAGAGGAUUACUUAAAGGUACCAGACGUAUAUCACAAUGAGGACGUUAAACCACUGUCUGAUAAUGGAUAUUAUCUCGUCAAGAAUGUGACAGUAAACGAUUCUAAUGAUUAUGUUUGCGUUUACAAAGAAAAGGAAAUAGCACCUUACACGAUACACCUUAUGGUCAUCGCGAUCGAUCCAUUUGACUACCUGAAUCAUACGCAAAUCUUUGAUUUUGCGGGCACACCACCAAUACCAGAUGCUCUCUUGGUUAAGGAGGAAGAAGUUCAGUUAAAAAAAGCUGGAGGGACUAGACGAACUGGAAAAGAGGAAAUUGUAGCUAUUAAAAAUGAUAUUCUUCAUUUAGAUAACGAGAUUGAGGCCAGAGAUGAGGAAUAUCCAGAUGAGCCACAAGUUAUGGCGCAUAACCAGCUCGGCCAGUUCGGGGAUUACAAUGUCGGACCGGCUGUGAACACAACCGGUCUAGUUCCACCAUCAGCGCCAAAAGUAAAACGCAUUUCGCCAUCAAGUGUUGAGGUCUCUUGGUCGAUAAAAUUGAACAAAGGAAGUCCAGUGGAUCACUAUUUGGUCCAUCAUUUAACUUCAUUAUCUCUUGGAGUUGGAGGGGGAAGCUUUUGGAAGUGCAGCAAAAAAAUACCACCAUCUACCAAAUGGUGCGUGAUAGACAAACUGAUGCCUAAAUAUUGGUACAGGUUCAGAGUUGCAGCAGUUUUCUUCAAUAAACAGGAAAUUAAAGUAUUUGGAAACCGAUCUGAGUGGUUGAAGCUAUAAUUUAAUAACAUGAUCCCCCCCCCGCUUUGUACCACGAAAUCACUCUGCUUUGUUGAGAGAAAAAAUAAAUAAAAUUACCUGGAUUUUUUGU